AUGAAGACGAUUUUCUUCGCCCAUGCGGCGAUUCUCUUCGGGAGUUUAUCUUCUGCUUCAAAGCUCUACGCGGCAUCCUACGGCGGAUCAGUUUAUUCCCUGGCCCUCACCAGCUCCAAUGGAUCUCAUCAACUGUCCAAACUGUCUGAGUCUACUGCGUGCGGAGACAGUCCUUCAUGGCUGAUGUUGGAUAGAGACAAUAGUGUUCUUUAUUGUCUAAAUGAAGCUAUUGAUUCUUCCAACGGCAGUAUAACCUCCUUCAAGACCAACCAGGGUGGUUCUUUACCAGUUAUUGAGCGCCUGGUCACCCCUGCAGGUCUGGUCAUGUCAGCAAUGUACUCUGCACCCGCAGUACGCGACCAUGAAUUCUUUGCAGUUGCUCACUACGAGACGUCGACUGUAACCACCUACUCGGUAGACCGCGCUAGCGGUCACUUUCACCAUCUGCAAACCUUCACCUACACUAUGAGUAGUCCUGGGCCUAAUGCUGCCCGCCAGGACGCUCCUCACCCCCACGGUGUCAUCGUUGACCCCACUGGAAGGUUUGUUCUUAUUCCAGAUCUUGGAGCUGAUCUUGUCCGGAUCUUCCAUAUAAACCCGGAAACUGGUCACCUCGAACCAAUUGAGCCCUUUGUCGCACCUCCAGGCUCGGGUCCGCGACACGGAAUUUUUUGGACCCCUAAGGCACCAGGAAGAACUACUUUGGAGGUAUAUUUCUAUAUUGUGCAUGAGCUGAGCAAUGGCCUGAGUGGCUGGCGAGUAUCUUACACGGACGAUGGGAUGUCUUUCUCUAGGGUGUUUCAGGGAAGCACUUUCGGCAACUACACUGCUCCUGCAGGCUCAAAGACCGCAGAGAUAACAAUAUCGCCUGGAAACGAUCAUCUCGUAAUCAGCAACCGCCUUGACAAUACUUUCGGCCCAAAGAACGAUUCAAUUGCCAUCUUCUCCUGCGCGGAUAAAAGUGGAAGAUUUUUCAAUGGCGUUCACUUUCUCGAUCUCUUCCCAGCCUAUGGCUCCUCUGUUCGAAGUUUUGACAUCGGCGGCUCUCCGGAGAUGUUGGCUCUGGCUUUGGAAAAAAGCCAGAAGGUGGGCGUGACCCAGUGGAAUAAGAGGCUCGGAGCACCUGGCAAGCUACUGGCUGAAGUGGAACUGAACGGAGAUGUUCCGGCGGUAGUCUGGGAUCUUGGACCAAAUUCGCUGUCAUCUGGCAUGUGA